AUGAGGUUCCCAUUCUAUGCCGUGGCACUCCUUACCACGAGCUGCACCAUCGCAGCGUCAGCUUCUCCAACAUGCCAUGGCUCUCAAAACAUCCUUUACCCCAAUACUACGUCCUUAUAUGACGUAUCCACUGGGCUUACAGAAGCCGGUGUGAAACAUGGCUGUAUCAAAAAUAUCGAGGGCGACAAAACUGUGAUCACAACCUUGGUGGCUUUCGAGGUGCCAUGUGACUGGGCACAAAGGAAAUGCAAGUUUCUCUUCGAAACCGAAGCCUCGACUACUCCGAAGCGUGUCGAUGUGUUCACCUCGCUCCAGCCGACUACCGGGUCAGGCUCUAAACCGUCAGGAAGCAAUAAUCGUGACGACUUCGUCGGUAGAUUCGUCGUUAAUGAUCACGAUAUAGCGUACUGGGAACUGGUUUCUGCUAAGGGCCCUGAAUUUCCAUGCCCUUCUGGCGAAAUUGUUGGGUACGAGCUUGUCGGCGUGUACGAUAUGGGCGAACUUACGUGGUGUGUUGAAAUUGGGUCCGGACCGAUGAUUGAGCUAUUGCAUUGA